UGGGUUCGUCAUGCUCGCGACAGUAAUUUGUCUUCUUAAUCGUCUGUAUAAAAAUUUAAAUAAAAUUAAUAAUAAACUAAUUUAAAAAUCGUAGUACGGACUGUAAUGGCCCAGGGGUAUACGUGAUCUUGUCAAGUGAUGAAAUAACGUUCAACAAUUUCGAAAAAAUUGCUUGCUGGUUUUACACCGGAACCGGCAACGUACGACUUUCGAUCGUACGUUAUCGCACAACGACGCAUGAACUUUCCCGUCCUAGGGAAUGUAACCAGCGCUCUCCCACCGGAAAGUGGAAGCUUAAUCGUCCGACUACGUGCGUUUUGUUGAGACCUGCGACUCGAGCACGCUCGUACUUGGUUUUUCUUAUACGACCUAAGUGCCUUUUUAUGAUGAAGUAUUUCAGUUGAUCGACUUUUUCUUAAGUCAUUAUGGACGCAGAAAAAUUAAUCCUUUUAAUCCAAGAAAGAGAAUGUUUGUGGAACCAUAAAAGUGAACAUUACCAUUCUAGAGAUAUUCAACGACGUUUUUGGAAUGAAGUUGCAGAAGAAACAAAUAACAAGGUUGAAGAACUUAAGAAGAAAUGGAGAGGUCUACGAGAUAUAUUCAGAAGAGAAUGUAAAAAAGCUAUUGCUAGUAAAUCCGGUGAUCAAGAAGAGUACAUCCCUAAAUGGCCGUACUACAAAAUCAUGCUUUUCUUAAAAGAUACAAUGACAACUAGAGACUCGAGAGGUAGUGUUCCGCCUGAAGUUGACGAAGGUGAUGCUAACGAGUCAGACUCUGAGCCUGUACUCGAUUGUACGACAGAAAACGAUCAGCCGUCGACCUCUCAGCGUGUUUCCAACUCGCCUCCAAAGAAGGUAGUCAAGCGGCUGAGGGAUGUAUCUGAUUUCGACAAGGAAGAGAGGCUGAAAAUGUACAAAGAAUAUAUAGAGGAUGACAGUGAAAUGCAGUUUUUGAAGAGCCUACACCCUUUUUUAAAACGAAUACCACAUUUUCGUCAGAUGGCUGUUCGAGCGGAUAUAAUGCAAAUUUUUUGCCAAGAGGCUGAAUGUUCGAAUCCGAGAUACUUCCACCGAAGGAGAGCCGAAUGGAUGAAUGGAUAUUCACCAUCAAACCACUCUAAUCAUUCUCAAGUUUAAUACUAUUGAGUUGCAACUGGGAUUUUUAAGCAGACAGAAUAAUACACAUGUACUAUAAAAAAUAAAAUUUAUUAUGAUAAAUGUAUAAAUAUAAAUAAGAAUAAUGUUCUAAC